AUGAUAUCAGACACUGCUGGCGACUCAGUCGCCGCUGCCCGGUCUAGCCAGAUGCCAGGCCAAGGGGGUAGCUUAAUGAUUCAAAAUCAUGGCUUCUGGCUCACCAUCUCCCUGGCCAUUCUCUUGCCCUGGUCAACGCUAUUCUUUGGGGUUCGGGUAUGGACCAGAGUUGGGUCAAAGACCUGGGGUCGCGAAGAUUACUAUUCUAGUUUCGCCAUGGUGGGUAUUUUUCCAGAUACAAGGCAUUGGGACCAUCAACUUACCAAAAUGAUCCCCCAGGCCAGUGCAGUGGCACAUGUUGCGGUUGCCGCCAGCGCACUGCAAUGCGGGUACGGCAGCCCAGUUGACAGCAUUCCGGGCCCAGAGAUGGAGAAGAUUCAUGUGGCAUUGUAUGCGAGCCAGAUGCUUUACAUUCUCUCAGUUGGAUUAUGUAGGGUUUCAGCAGCAUUCUUCAUCGCUCGCAUGACCUACGUGAAGAUACAAACCGAGCUAGCUUAUGCCCUUGCUUCAUCUUCAGCACUAUGGACAUUGGUGUCGAUGCUUCUGAUUGCGCUUCGAGGAGACCUGGACCGUCCUUGGCAGGUGGUAGACGGAAACAGCGCACUGUACGCCCGGUGGAUGGGAAUUGAAGCCUCGGGGCUAGUCAUCGAGCUGGGCCUUUGGCUCCUGUCCAUACAAGUUGUAUGGGAUUUGCAAAUGGGGAUGCAAAAACGUGCAUUCGUCAUUUGUGCGUUCGGUGCUCGGCUUGGAGUCACCCCAAUCAUCAUCUGUCGUGUUCUCUACCUCUCCCCGCGAGAAAAUCUCGAUCCUACGCUGACAAGCAUCGUACUCGGUAUUCUCACUCAAGGCGCCAUGCAUUUUUCCAUAAUGGCGGGAUGCAUUCCAUGUCUGGGGCCGUUUCUCCAAACGUUCACAGCGCCAUAUACCGUCGAAGACAGAGAGGCGAGAAUAUCCAGCCGCAAAGCAAGGCGAAGCUCAUAUUACCAAAAACUAGAUACCAUCAAGGGAGCACAGUGCAACGCCGUAUGCUCGGACGACUCGGCCAACUGCAGGCCAUUUCAAGGCUCUAUUGAAGGGAAUGCCGUUGCCAAUCCAGCAAAGCUUCACACCUCGACAAGAGCCAGAGUUUCGCAGUGCUUACAUGGUUUCUCAUGGCAAAAGAAUAAUGAGUCCAGCUCUCCGCUUCGUGACGAAUCGCUGGCUGGUGGCUCUGGUUGCUCGGAUCGUCUGGUUAUCAAAAAGACCACGGAGGUUUCGAUACGGUAUGAGACAGUACCCAUUAUUCAGGGUAUGGGGAUGCACCAUCAUAAUUCAGAGAAUUCAACUGCCACAAAACCCUACCCUAAGGGCUUGGGCGAUGUUCAAGAAUAG